AUGGCCUAUUCAAGUUAUUCAAACCCAGACUCACUUACAGAGCUUUCAAGCAUAAUAGAACGGACACUUAUUGAUACUGGUCGUUUGUUCCGCAAAUCUGGCUCUAUGCCAUCGAGAACCCACCUGCAACGAUCCAUCCCCUUGUAUCAUGAUAGUUUCCAAAAUGCACUGGAUAACCUAUCAGAGCAAAUUUUCAUUGCAAAAGCCUUUUUGGAAAGGGAUUAUGAGGCUCUCAAGGCCACUAGCGCCGCUCCCCAACCCAUCGAAGAUGUGGCAAUGAGCGAUGUGAACCAACAGGUUGAACCUGAAAUUCCAUCUCCCCUGGCCAAGAAAGUCGAAAUGGACACAGAGCUUGAACCUACUAUGCCUAAAUCAGAAGAGGCUACCUCCGCGAGCCAAUCAGUUCCGGCAGAGAUCAAGCCCGACACCCAAUCGGGCGAUGAUAUAGUUGUCAAAAAAGAAGCUGACAAUACUGCCCCCAAUCAAUCAUUCCCUGGACCUAAUGGAGAUCUCACUUUUGAUUCAGUCCUCAACGACACUGGGGGCACAAACCAUUUUGGUCUUAGCUUAGACUUCAACGACGAUGACAUGGGCAAUCAAGCUUUCCUAUCUGGGUCGAAUUUUACAGCUUCUGGCGUUACUGGUGCAGACAGGUUAAGCACGACCCAACCUGGGAAUACCUCAGAUGUCCCUGCUGGCGGUGAUGCAUUUGAUAUGGAGUUACAGAAGACAGAGGGGGACGACGGGAAUUUCCUGCAGGGUAACUCCGGGGAGGAUUUCAUGGGGCCCGCUGAAUCAAACUUCGACGAUCUGUUUAUGGACACUGAUAAUUUCGGGGAGAAUGGUGGGGACUUCAAUCAGCUAGAGGGGGACAGCCUGAUGAAUGUUAACGAGCUGGAUGAUAAUUGGUUCAACUGA